AUGAAGGAACGGUUAAGUUGGCUAUUUGCCCAUUAUCUGAGUUCUAAGCAUGAUGAAAUGUUGAUUGCUAUUUGGGCUAUUUGGACUAAUCGCAACAAAUUUUACCACGAAGGUAAGGUUAGAUCGAGUGGAGAGCUCACCAGUUUCAUCCAAGCUCACGUACAGGAGUAUGCCAUCGUCACUGCUUCUGUUCAGCCCCACUCGUCCCUUGUGUCUGUUCUCUGGAAGCCUCCGCCUACUCCGAUGGUAAAGGCAAACUUCGAUGCUGCUUUUUCUCGAAGGAAUAGCGAAGCGUGGUCUGGUAUCGUGGUCAGAAACCACGAUGGUCAUAUCUUAGGAGCAGCAAGGCGGAAAAUAGUGCAUGCCUCGUCUCCGUUCCUGGCCGAAGCCACCGCUUCCCUGCAUGCCAUCCAGUUCUCGAAGGAUCUGGGUUCCUCCCAGGUUGUGGUUGAAGGCGAUGCCCGUUCGGUGUUGUUGAAGCUGCAAGGAAACGAGCCAGAUUACUCUGAAACUGGAGCAAUUAUUUAG